UUAACCGGGGAGUUAGUGUUAACCGGAGAUGGAGAAACCGGCCCUAAGUGAUGCCCCACGACGUAUAUUGGUCCGUGAAGCCGUAAACUCGGGAACAAAUAAUUGCUCUUGCAAAAGACCUGUUUUACAAUCCAGCGGACAAUUCAGGAACCUGGAUUCAAACCUCAAAAACUUAAAUAGAAAAAGGCGCACGAAUUUUAACAAAAGUUUAGGUGAACCAAAUACAGAGAGACGUAGGAGCACAUCUGUAGAAUUUGAUACAAGUUUCUUCAAGACUUGUGUCGUUGAAGGAAAUACUGAAGAUAUAAAACAAAAAUUUAAGACAACACUAAAUGAGAGAAUUCGAUAUUGUACCCAACAUCUUGAUGUUUUGAAGGCAUUUCCUAUUUUUCGAUAUGAUCUUUCUCUGGUAAAUGAGACAACAUUUGUAAAGUAAUUUUUGUGACUAGCAAUUUUUAGAUUUCAUUUGAUUUUGAACUGCGUUACAAUCGUAUAAUAGCCAACAGCCUGAUUACUUCCUGGCGAAGUUAUUUCAAGUUCACAGAGGACGUUUUAAAAGACACUGUUGGCAGCUGUUUAAUACCAGGUAAGCAUCUUGACUUAAGAGAUGCGGGUUUAAAUUCUAAUUGAAAUUUUAUUUUCAGAGUGGUUUAUAGAAAUCGAACCGUUUUUACAUCUGCUGAGGCUACACCUUCAUUUACACUUCGCUCGAAGGAGAAUAAACAACUAAGAGUAAAUUUCGAAUCAACUGUCAAUGAAUGAAUGAAUGAACUGUAAAUUUUCAGAAUGUAA